AUAUUGCUUUGCAUGGCUUUGCAUAGCAGAGCCAUGCAAAGCAGUGUUCUUACAGUGAAGCACACACACACAGCUUACAUUAAAACAGCACACAGUUAACCCUUUGAUCGCCCCACAUGUUAACCCCUUCUUGUCCACUGUCAGUACAGUGCAGGGGCGGACUGAAAACUUAUGGGGCCCCCGGGCAAUAGGGGAUCAUGGGGCCCCUGUGUCCUUGCCCACACUCAAACCACACCCAAAAAAGCCUAUACAAGGUACCAGGGGCAUUUCAUGGGGCCCCCUACUGACCCCGGGCCCUCGGGCAGUGCCCGAGUGCUCGAAUGGUCAGUCUGCCGCUGC